UGCUACCAACUGUUAACCUUUUUUGAUGUCAUUGUUGAUAAAGAUAUUGUGUUUUCAUUUCUUUCAGUUUUUUGAUGACAUUGAGUAUCUWUUAGAUGGAAUCCAGUCUCCUAAGAUUCAAACAAGAUGUCUUAGUGCMCUAGAUAUAGCAUCACGAUGCACUAGUGCAGGUUUUAGGAUCAAUUUAAGAGCACAUGGUAUGAUACCAAAGAUAUUCAAACUCUUGGAAGAUGCACAUACUGAUGAGAAUCUAGGUCUGUGUACAGCAGCCAUCAUAUUCGUACUUACWCAAGACAAACAGAAUAUUGACUUCGAUAAGUUUGUUUUAGAAAUGAUGAUGAAAUUUCUGUCCAUUGAUGAAAUGGAGGACUCGCAAGAAAAGAAUCAUUUGUUGUAUGUACAGAAGGCAAGAACAAUGUUUGAGAAGCAUAUGAGUCGAAUACCAGGAGCCUUUCUUGACUUAAAAGACAUCAGUGCUUCAUCUCUGGCAAGGGAAUCACUGUUGUCCAUCACCACAGAGAGGAUGGGUUCAUGGUUUAAAGAAGAAAUCAGAACACUUGGAGGUCUUGAUCAUAUUGUAAAUGCAGUGAGGGAGUGUGUUCAUUGGCUUGGCGAUAGUAACUACAUACGAAGGGAUCAGGAUUCUCAGGCCAAAGUACAAAGAAUCAAUAAAAGCUUAAAACUAUUAGAAAAUAUAACAAGUGAAAAUGAUGUCAAUCAAAAGUAUUUAGUUCACUAUCAUAAUGGAGUAUUAGCAUCAGAUCUUUCAAGGUUCGUCCAGCUAUGUAUCAAUACCAUCACAACAGAUACAGAUGUCUCUUCAUCCACUGACGAAUACAUUCACAAUGAAGUCACACCAGAAGAAUGUUUGUUUAAUACUCUGAAAGUUUUUCUCAAUCUUUCCCAUGACUAUGAUGAUGGGAGUAGUCUAAUUGGCAAACAACAAGGUCUUCUAGCCUCUCUUCUCUUUUGUGUAUUACAGUUGACUCAGCAUCUAGAGUCUAACAAGAGAUUUGAUCUACAUGUSUUGAGUCUUGGGCUAUUAAUCAACCUUGUAGAGCACAGCAAGAACAAUAUAGCAACWCUAGUUCAAMUCAAGACAGAUCCAUGUCAYGAGAGYCAGGAYACUAGUAAUGACAGCUUGCUUGACUCUGAUGGYAUGAUGGGAUCUGUUGAGGCUUUGAUGCAGUUAUUCAUUGUACGAGAAAGAUCAGCGAGAGAUACGGACCAGAUGACAAAUGCACUGUCCCCAGAAGAUGAAGAAGAAGAAGACAAUGUCCUUAAACCCACCAAAGAUGGACUUGGCUGGAUUUGUGGCAAUGACAUUGAUGUAUCCGUUGACGAAACUAAUAAAAUAUCCAACAAUGAUGCUGGUUCAUCAUCACCAAAGAAAAAAAUGAACAAAGAAAACUUAGAAGAUGAAAUUGGAAAAGCSUUAGUGAUAGCUAACAAGCAUAUGGAGGACAGUAUGGUGGCUUCAUACGUCGCUCUUCUUCUUGGUUGUAUWGUACAAGGCAACAAGGCCAAUGAACUGYUAGUAAGAAGUCUUUUACCUGACAAAAACUUUUCACUUUUAAUUGAUGUCCUCAAGAAGUUUCUAGGAUUUAUGCGGUUAACAAGUGGCACCAGUGGACAAGCAAUAGAAAGAAUACUAAAAGUACUUCAGAAAUGCUCAGAAACAAGUGAAUAAUAGAAUUAUUGUGUAAUUUGGGACUUACCAUUCUUAAAUCGUUAGUAUCAUAAUUUUGUCAAUAAUGUAAAUAGGUAAUUUCAUAACAAAACAUAACAUUUUCUGAUAAACAAAAAAGGAUGCAAGAACAUUAGGAUGUAAAUACACUGUACUCCUUGAUAUUGAUAUGAAAUUAGGACAGGGACACAUUUAAUACUCCUAAUUAAUGUUUAACAAUGUUUAAUUAUGAUUUUUAAAAGUGCCUAUGACCCCUGGCGCAAUAAUUUCGUAUUCUCUGUGAACUGAUUCAUAUAAUAAUAUAAAGUAAAUAAUUGAAUGGCAAAAUAUUCCUUCAUAAUGAUUUCGAUCUGGGAAUAUGGGUUUUCCGUGCAUUAUCUACGAUAAAUUGUGAGGCAUAAAUCCAUUUUUCAUGUAAGCAACUGCUUCAAAGUUCAUAUCGGUAUAUCUCUUAAAGCCCUCCAUGAGGUCAUAUUUCAUCAUUCAAUUUAAAUAACAUUUAUUUAAUAUAUAGAAUCAGCUUACAGAAAAACAGAAAUAAUUGUUGCAGGCYUCAUAGGCACUUUAAAUAUUCGAGCUGUGAACCUAUAUUCCUGUAAACACCUUCUAGAGCAAAUGCCCUUAGUUAAUGAACAGAUAUAAACAACUUUAACAGUGUUGAAUUUAGGCAUUGUUGUCAUCAUAGUGCCCAAGCUUUAGCACUUAUAAAUGAAUACGUUGGUCUGGCCAUUGUACUCAGGACUGACAUAAUUGUCCAGAUUUUGACCUGAUCACACUAGUGCCUGGACCAAUGUGUACACUGUGAGCAGUUUUUUGACUAYUUUUACCAGUUAUAAUUUUGUUUAUGACCCUGUUUUUAAGCAAUUUCUUCAUGUAAUACCUUGUGAGACUUGGACUGUGCCUAUCUAUAGCUACAUGGAAUUACUUGUAGUAUAAAAAUAAAUUGAUAAAAUAAUAAUUUAUUGAAGGCAACAUUCCCAAGUAAAGUUUUGCUGCUUAUUACAAUUAAUAUCAAUAUUAUAUUAUAAUAUUCUUAUAGCAAUACUUGUAUAGGGUCGUUUUCAUUUGACCCUGCAUUGAAAAUGGCUUAUCUAAGUCACAAUAUUUUGAUACUCGGGUUCAGUGUCGGCAAUAAAGCAUUUUAUUAAGCCCUGUUAUCAAGGUACUGUGAGCAUUAAAAAAAAAUAUGUGUUCAGUGUAUCUUGACGGUUUAGCCACCCACCUUAAAUUUUUGGCUGGACCUGCUCUUGAGCAAUCUUCAAGAAGUCUUAAAAGUACAUUGUAAAUACAUAAAUUCUCUUGAAGCUAAUAUUAUAAUAUUCAGGUGAUACAGGACAGCUCGGCAUCUCUUUUCACAGCCUGUGACCCUUGAGUCCAUAAAUUUUCCAUAAAAUUCUGAGAACGUAUUACAUACUACAUUUUUUACCAAUUAAACUAACUGUAAAUAAUGUUUACUUAAUGAAGGAUAUAUUGAACAAAUCCAUACAUUGAACUUUAUAUGAACAUGAUAUAAUAAACCUUGGGGGAUGUUUUAUUACUUUGACACACGUUUUUAGAUGGAAAUAAUCCUAAGACUUCAUCAACUGUGCAAUAGAAAGACGAGUAUUCAUUAAAAUAUCAUUAAAACACUUUGU